AGUUUCAUGUUUUGUGUUGGCGAGAAACCCCGGGGGGGUUUAGUGUGACAAGGUGUGUUUAUCAUUGUGGAGAAACCGGCAGCAGCAUCUGCACAUGCAACCCUAGACCUGCAUGUCACUCCUAGAGAAAAGAUCAGUCGUUUCUUACAGUUGAUGAGGUUCUAAAAUGCAAUCCAUGUCAAAUGCACCCAGAUACAAGAUAGAUGAUCAAUAACAUUAAUAAACGGUAUAUUUAGAAGUUUUACUUUGUAUGUAUUCGCAGUAGUGCAGUGUGGGCGCAGUAGCACCAUCUAGUGGCCGUAAGUGAGAAUCGCUGGUUGUUGACGUCAUCGCAUGGCGACAGCAUCUCAUCAGCUGGGCAGACUUCUUCAGAAUCGUGCUGUUGCUAUUGCAUUCGCCUCAUAAAAAGUGUCGUAUCCAACGACGGAAAGCAUAAAUCGACCAUCCGCGGUGUGUGAAACCACGGUCCCGAAGGUCAAUAGAGAAUAAACAUGCAGCCAGUGGUCCAUAGAUGAAGCUCGUCCUCAUCCUCACAUGUCGCUGAUGGUCGUGUGUUUACAUGUGUUGUCGUCGACAUGACUAAACUCCACGAGGUCAAGUUUCCAGCCGAGUGCAAAUCUCUCCCCGAUGGCUUCUGGUCCGCCGUGGACGUGUGGAUCAAGAAGCCCCACGUAGUAAACAAACGUCUGUGCGGAGCCACGGAGACCCCGUCCGAGGAGGUGGGCACUGAGAACCUGGGGGUGCUGCUGGACCCCAAGUCGACAGACUCCCAUGACGUGCUGUCCUUCUUGACCAGGGGGCAAUCCACCGCACUGACGCACGACCAGGAGAACACCUGGACGUUCAGUGUGCGGACGUUUAUCCCGAAAGUAAACUGCUAUGGAUCCACUUCACAUAAAGAGUUUGUGCUGAAAGACUUUGAUAGACUUCAGGUGACGUUCGUUCCCUUCGAAGAGGAUGCGUCAGGGGAAGUGUGUCAGAAGAUUGGCAACGUUUAUCAGAUCAGUCUGGUCCAAAGGGACAACGAAGAAUGGUUCCUGGAGCUGCGGGUGCUGGCGGCGGCAGACUGGGCCUGCGACGGGGUGGCCUACCCCAGGCUGGUGUGGCUGUGCUCCACCCUGCUCCCGCGGCUCCUCCGCUGGGCGGCGGAGCCCGCGGCCAGCCAGUUCAAGAGCACGCUGUCCCUGCUGCCCGUGGAGAAGUACGGCUGCGUGUACCAGCAGCUCAAGGAGAAGUACCGCGCCAUGGUCAAGGUCUGGCCUGAAGUGACGGAUCCAGAGAAGUUUGUCUACGAGGAUGUUGCAAUCGCUACGUAUCUGUUGGUUCUCUGGGGCGAGGAGCGGGCGGAGAGAGGCGUGACGGAGAAGCAGUCGUUUGUGGACCUGGGCUGUGGCAACGGCCUGCUGGUGCACAUACUGUCCAACGAAGGGCACCCGGGGAAGGGCAUCGACGUGCGCAGGAGAAAGAUCUGGGACAUGUACGGGCCUCAGACCUGCCUCGAGGAAAAGGCAAUCACUCCCGGAGAGGGUUUCUUAUUCCCGGCCACUGAUUGGCUGAUUGGGAACCACUCAGACGAGCUGACGCCCUGGAUCCCGGUGAUGGCAGCCAGGUCGUCGUUCGCGUGCCGCUACUUCGUGCUGCCCUGCUGCUUCUUCGACUUCUACGGAAAGUUCCAGAGGCGGCGGUGCGGUACGUCCCAGUACAAGGAGUACAUCGACUACAUCGCCGAGGUCAGCCGGGCCAGCGGCUUCCACACGGACGAGGACUGCCUGAGGAUCCCCUCCACCAAGCGGGUUUGCCUGGUGGGGAAGUCCCGGAGCUACGCCCCGUGUGACGCGGAGCAGGCGGAGGAGCGCAGGGCCAGCUACAUCCAGAGCCGUCGCUCCAGCUCCGGAUCCGGUUCGGUCGUCCCGCCCCGCCCGCCGAGCGCCACGGACGGAGACGGCGGUGACCACGACGACGACGACGGCGGCCGCGGCGGCGUGGGCCCGGGUGAUGGCGAACACGGCGGCGGCGGCGGCGGCGGCGGCUGCCAUGACAACGGCGACCCGGAGCCGGCCGGGCCCCCCGGGAACGACUGGGGAGCCGGGUUCCAGCCGCGGGAGCGGGUGGAGAAGGUGCGGAACUGCGCGGCGCUGCCCCGGGACUUUGUGGACGGCGUGGUGCUGCGCGUGGCCAAGGCUCUGCUGGGAUUGGCCGAGGACGACGGCGGCGGCCCGCCCACUCCCACGCCCGCCGCCGCCGCCGCCGCCGCCGCCGCCGCCGCCGUCGUCUGGAACCCCGGAGAGAGCAUGUCCGUGCGGGAGGUGGCUGAGCUGCUGGACCACGGUACCCUGCUGAGGCUGAAGAGCGAGUGUGGGGGUCUCCAGACCCUCCUGAAGAACAACCACCAGGUGUUCAGAGUGGAAGGUGGGCGGGUCCACAUCCGGGACUGGCGGGCGGGGUCUGAGGAGCGGGGCCGGGCGGAGUCUAAGCGCGGCCGGCCGGUAGCCAGCGGCGCUCUCAAGACGCGCUCCUGCUGGUUCCACUCCCAACACCCCCAGGGCUGCCCCCUAGAGGCCGCUCAGUGCUGCUUCGCCCACGGGCCCCAGGACCUGCGGCCCUCCACCAAACCACUGAAGAAGAUGAAGUGGUCGGCGGUUUGAUUUGCAGAUGUUUUUAAUUUUUUUUAGGAUUAGUUUCCAAAGACUCUAGGGUUGCUUUGUGAUUUUUUUUAUUUUUUAAUUUUGGUUGUAUUUGAUGCGUUUUUUAUUUUGGUGCGCCGGAGUGUGUGCGGAUUGGUCCGGAACCUUCGAAGGAACACGUCCAGCGAGGAGACCCUGACUUCGUUAUCGUCGCUCACGUAAAUUAUUUUUCAAAUGCUUUCCGCAAUAUGAAGCGUUAGGCUGCCUGGUGGCGUCUCGCCAACUUCGCCGACGUUUUAAGUUUUUCUUCUUUCUUAGAAAUUAUGGAAUGUACCGGUCACCCAUUAUCCACCCGAAUCACCCUGUUGCUAUGAUACAAGAUUACAAUUUGUUGAGCCAGAUAUGAAAUAAAAAAAACAACAACCUCCUGAU